ACAACUGCAGGAGGGGUGAACAUUACAUGUACAAGUCUGUCAAAUCUUCGGGGCAACUAUUUGAGCUCUUAAUGUCAGCAGCAUGAAGAUUGAUAUUCAUAAUCAUAUUUUACCAAAGGAAUGGCCCGACCUGAAACAGAGAUAUGGAUAUGGCGGAUUCAUUCAGCUCCACCAUCACUGCAAAGGUGAAGCUAAAAUGAUGAAGGAUGGAAAAUUGUUCAGAGUUAUUCAGGAGAACUGCUGGGAUGCGGAGGCUCGGAUCCGGGAUAUGGACAAACAUGGAGUGACAGUACAGGCUCUUUCCACUGUGCCUGUGAUGUUCAGUUACUGGGCCAAACCCCAUGACACUCUGGACCUGUGUGGGAUAUUGAAUGAUGAUCUGGCUGCUACAGUGAAGCAAUAUCCAAAGCGUUUCGUUGGGCUGGGUACUCUGCCCAUGCAGGCCCCUGAUCUGGCAGUACAGGAGAUGAGACGGUGUGUGAAUCAGCUCGGAUUCCCUGGAGUGCAAAUUGGCUCUCAUAUAAACACAUGGGACCUCAAUGCUCCAGAGCUAUAUCCUGUUUAUGCUGCCGCUGAGGAACUCAACUGCUCAAUAUUUGUGCAUCCAUGGGACAUGCAAACAGAUGGUAGAAUGGCAAAAUACUGGCUGCCCUGGUUAGUUGGUAUGCCAGCAGAAACUACAAUGGCAAUUUGUUCCAUGAUUUUUGGAGGUAUUUUUGAAAGAUUUCCCAAACUUAAAGUCUGCUUUGCUCAUGGAGGUGGUGCUUUCCCAUACACUAUCGGCAGAAUUGAGCAUGGCUUUAAAGUGCGACCUGAUCUUUGUGCGACCGACAACCAGAUCAACCCACGCAAAUACUCAGGAUCUUUCUAUACCGAUUCUCUAGUGCAUGAUCCACUUUCACUGAAGUUACUCAUGGAAGUAAUAGGAAAGGAUAAAGUGAUGUUAGGCACAGAUUACCCAUUUCCACUUGGGGAACUGGAGCCAGGUGCACUGAUUGAAUCCAUGGAUGAGUUUGAUAGUUUGCUAAAGGAUAAACUGCUUGCUGGGAAUGCUCUGGAAUUUUUAGGACUGUCAAGAAAACAGUUUGAGUGACUGAUCACUCAGUGUGUCACAAGUUAUCAGAGAACUGGAUCAUGAGAACUAAACCUUACUUGAUUUGUACUUUUUAUUAUUAUCAUUAUUAUUGAUUUAUAUUCAAUUAAGGAUGACACCCUUCGGUCUAUUUGCAUUUUAUUUUCCGAUUCUAAUUUUGAAUCUUGUGUUAGACAAUCAGAUCUACAGUUCUCAAAAAAAAAAUGUUUUCUGU